AUGGCCCCGCCGCCGCCAUCGCUUGACUACUGGCGCGGCUUCUUCAGCGGCGCCCGCGCCAGCAUCUUCGACACCAUCGACGCCGCCAUCUGCCUCGCGGCCGCCGACAACCCCGACGGCCUCCGCGCGCGCCGGGACGCCAUCGCGCACCGCCUCUACACCGUGCUCAACGUCCUCCCGCCGCCAGAGGACGCUGUCGUGGUGGCGGCGGCACCCGCAUUCCCCGACCGGGCCAGUCGCCACGACCCCAUCGUCGCAGAGGUCUUCAGCGUCAAGACCGCUCUCGCCAGCAACCAACAAAUGUCGGAGGAGGAACUGCUCGACCUGCUCCGGAGGCUUCAGCAGUUGAAAUUCACGGCGGACGCCAUCAAGGUUACUGAGAUUGGAAAGGCAGUGAAACACCUACGGAAUUACGGCUCAAAGCAGAUUCGGAUACUCGUGCGAUCCCUCAUCAAAGGUUGGCAGGCUAUAGUCAGUGAGUGGGUCAGCGAUGAAGGUGCCAUUGUAGAUCGCACGCCGCAAUCAAUGGAGGCUUCUUGCAUUGAACAGGAAGAAGGUGGGCUUCCGUCCCCUCCCAUGGAUGAAGCUGCUCUUUUCGCUACGCCGUGUACUUCCAUACAGUUAUCCGAGUUCUUCGAUGAAAUGGAUGAUGAUGGAAAUGUUAGAAUCAAUGCCAAGGAGGGUGAACAACAAUAUCCCACAAACCAUGAGUCAGUCAAGAAACAGCCUCCUAUGGCCCAACAGUAUGAUCCAGUACAGAAUUGGAGGCUUGAUCAGUCUGCGGUGAGACAGUCACGGCUGCGUGAAUCUUGCGGCUGGCAAACAGGGCAGCAAUGCAUCACCGAGGCACAAGAGAAGCCUUCAAAUGCAGCAUUUGGGCCAGGGAGACCACAUUGGUUGCACUCUGAGCCGAUAGGUUCUGAACUAAGGCCUAAGCCGCCGCAAGGCAUCAUACUGAAUCAAACUCAAAGAAGAACAAAACCAACAAUGCCUAAUCGACUGUUGGGUCAACAUGAUGAGAAUCCAGUCCAGGCGAUGCUAGAGCUUGCAAAGAAUGCCAAAAUUGAAGCUACAAAACGAAAGCUUGAAGAAGGUUACCAAGAAUUUAGCAAUGCGAAGCAGGAGCGAAUAAUACAAAUGGUGGAUCCGCAAGACCUGCUGAAGCAAGGGAACCGGAGCUUACAACCCAAUGGCAAGGCAAGGAACAACAGCGCCGGCAACAUCAGGAAUCGGCUAGGCAUUCAUCACUGA